GUUGCUGUGUAUAUAUAUGUAACUAGAAUCAUUUGGAGCUAUAUCGUGUUCCUUACUUGAUACUUCAUCAUGAAAGUCACUGUAGCUCUUGGUAUUUUUGUUGCUGUUUUUGCUUCCAUUGAAGCAUAUGGUGCGUAUAAUGACUAUGAUGGUGACAGUUAUGGUGGCAAAGGUCAUGUCUUGACCAGUAUUGUUCAUGGUGUACACCACGGAGUUGUCGGAGGUCACCACGGAGUUCUUGGCGGACACCACGUUAUUGGCGUUCCUAGCGUUUAUGCUGGACCAUCAGUUGUUGUUCAUCACCAUCAUCAUCACAGUGGCGCCUCCUAUUACGGUGGGCAUCACCAUCGUCAUCAUAGACGUCACAGGAAACAUAAAGGGUCUGGAAGUUCAUCCAAUAAAGGAUACGGGCAUGGAAAAUCAAGUUAAAUAUGUUCAUAUAUUGAGUAAAAUAAACCACUUUAAAUUAUUACGUUG